AUGACCUUGAGAGAUUCUGCAGAUUCCAGAGUCAGUGGUGCAUGUGUCCAAACCAGGACAGGAAGGAAGUGGUCGGCAUCAACAUCUGUAGACCAGGCUGAAAGCAAAGGCAGUGGAAUUUGGGAAGCAAGGAGCGUGGAUGAAAUGGGACUUACCCGACUGGAAAUUAUCAUGGUCGGAACUGUGGAAAAAAGACCAGGGGAAACAGCAGAGGCGAAGAAACCAGUUAUUCCAUCAUUACUGGACAGAGGAAGGGACUGGGAGUUGAAAGUGGACAUGGAUGGGAGACUUGUGUUCCUAGGUAUUGUGGAAAAAACACUUCUACCAGACAUGGCUCUCACGGCGACCCAGUCCAAGAUUCUUAUCCUAGUGGAACUCACUGUACCGUGGGAGGAGAAUUGUGAAGAGGCACAUGAGAGGAAGAACCUAAAAUACGCUGACCUGACAUCAGACUGUAGAGAAAAGGGCUGGAAGGUAUGGAUGAUUGCAGUUGAGGUCGGUUGCAGUGGAUUCAAGCACAGUCGGUGA